AAGAAGAAGAAGAAGAGAUAUGGCUCAGACAAGAGUUCUUGACAUGUCGAGAGUUCCUUUCAUCCCAGGGAGGAUACACGCGACCAACAACGAAUACCAGAGAUACGGUCCGAAGGGUUUCAUGGAGAUCAAGAUCCUCGAAAACGACAACCUUUACGUCCGUGUCGACUUGCCCGGUGUUCCAGACGACGGGGUCCGCCACAGAGUCGACUCCGUGAGACAAAAGGUUGUCUUUUUCUCCGGUGAAGAAACUCUCAGCGACAAGAAAAACGCCCGUGAGUACGCCGGAACCGCCGGUUUAGGGUGUGACUGCUGCGAGAUAACCGGGGUAGAUGCGAAGAUGAAAGAUGGAGUCUUGAGGAUGAUUGUGUCAAGGGUCAAAGUCAAAGACCAUGACAACAAGUGUACUCACUUUCUCCCUCCCAACACAGGUAAAUCAGGGAGAUACAAUAUGGAUGAUAUGAACAUCAUGGCUGAAGUGGAGGACCAUCCAUUUGUGGUGAAAGGUCCUAAGCGUUCAGACCACUACAGUACACAACGAAGAGGUGAUGGAAGUGUCUGCGUUUCAUUCGACUUGCCAGGUGUUUGUGGUGAUGAUAUAUUGGUGCUUCCCAAUGAGAAUGAAGUCAAGUUCUACGGUGAGAACAAGGAGGUGUACGAGCACGACGAGAGUUGCCGUAUCUUCAUGGGAGCCGUCAACGGUGCUUACCUUUGUGCUCCUGGUGUUCCACUUCUGAGCCACCACAUCGCUUGGGAUGCUGAGUUUGGUGUUCUCAAGGUCCGUAUUUCACCUCCUGGCAGCAACAGCGACUAGUAGUAGUCUAGUUACACGGUCUCAUCUCUCUACUUCAUUUCACGUGUUGUCUCUGGGAGAACUUUUAGUUGGCUGCUACUAAGUCUUUUGUGUUUUAAGUUUGGACAAUAAUAAUGUGUCUUGUUUUGGUGUUUGUUAUGGAAU